GUUUGGAAACCGCGAUGAAGACGCAACUUGCCAACCUCCCAAAGGGGGGAAGCUGGUCGCACAAGGAACGCGAACUGCCAAAAAGCCACAGACAACUACUCAUACUGUUGAUUCUUCCCAUGAAAGGGCAAACCCAGAAACUUGUUAGCGCCAACUGUACGAGAUUCCUACUGUGAGUCUACGCUCUAAAGUUUCCAUCUUUACGGCCUCGUGCAUCUGUUCUCAGCUUCCUCGUCUCAUCAAGUUCCCGCAUUUCUGCUUCUGAAUUCUGAUCCCUUUCCGGCUCGUCACUUAUCCUUCGAUUCAUAUAUGAAUUCGGAUUGCUGUUUGUGAGAUAUGGAGUGAAUGUGGACGAUAGAUUUGCUAACUUAUCAUGGCUGGCUUGGAGGAGUUGAGAAAGAAGCUGACACCUUUAUUUGAUGCCGAGAAGGGUUUCUCAGCUGGGCCAUCUUUGGACCUCAACAAUUCGUACAUGCUUUCGGAUGGAGGAACUGUUAACUUAUUGAGCAGAUCAUAUGGGGUGUACAACAUAAACGAGCUUGGGUUGCACAAAAGCACUUCCUCCCCUAUUGGCACGACCGAGCAUAGCGAAAAGACAUAUCGAUGCGCCUCCCACGAGAUGAGGAUUUUUGGUGCUAUUGGUAGUGGUGCAAGCAGUGUCGUUCAGAGAGCUAUCCACAUCCCAACUCAUAGGAUUCUCGCCUUGAAGAAGAUCAAUAUUUUUGAGAAGGAGAAGAGACAACAACUUCUUACUGAGAUACGGACUUUAUGUGAGGCACCUUGCUAUGAGGGUCUGGUGGAGUUUCAUGGGGCAUUCUACACUCCUGAUUCUGGCCAAAUAAGUAUAGCUUUAGAGUAUAUGGAUGGUGGCUCACUGGCUGAUAUCUUGAGAUUGAGGAAAAGCAUGCCGGAACCAGUGCUUUCAUUCAUGUUUCAAAAGCUUCUCCAUGGACUAAGUUACUUGCAUGGAGAGAGACAUUUAGUCCACAGAGACAUCAAACCAGCAAAUAUGCUGGUAAAUCUCAAAGGAGAGUCCAAAAUAACAGAUUUUGGGAUAAGUGCUGGCCUGGAGAAUUCAGUCGCAAUGUGUGCAACUUUUGUCGGAACUGUAACAUACAUGUCACCCGAGAGAAUUCGAAAUGAGAACUACUCGUAUCCAGCUGAUAUCUGGAGUCUUGGCCUUGCUCUUUUCGAGUGUGGAACUGGGGAGUUUCCUUACACGGCUAAUGAUGGACCAGUAAAUCUUAUGUUGCAGAUUUUAGAUGAUCCAUCACCUUCACCUCCCAGGGACAAAUUUUCACCAGAGUUCUGCUCAUUUAUCGAUGUGUGCCUACUUAAGGAUCCAGAUGCAAGGCCAACUGCAGACCAGCUUCUUACACACCCAUUUAUUACGAAGCACGCUCAUGACACUAGUGUAGACUUGGCUGCAUUUGUUCGGAGUGUUUUUGAUCCAACGAGAAAGAUGACGGAUUUGGCAGAUAUGCUGACGAUGCAUUACUACUUACUCUUCAAUGGACCAGAUGAACAUUGGCUGCACAUGAAGACGUUGUACAACAACGAGUCAACAUUUAGUUUCUGUGGCAAACAUUCAGUCGGUUCCAGAGAAAUCUUCUCGACCUUGUCGAGCAUCCGAACAACAUUGGCAGGUGACUGGCCACCUCAGAAGCUCGUUCACGUUGUUGAAAAGCUACAAUGUCGUGCUCAUGGCCAGGAUGGGGUUGCAAUCCGAGUUUCAGGUUCCUUCAUCAUUGGAAAUCAGUUCCUGAUUUGUGGGGAAGGUAUACAAGUAGAAGGCCUUCCGAAUUUCAAAGAUCUUUCUAUCGAUAUAGCCUCCAAGCGGAUGGGUACUUUUCACGAGCAAUUCAUCAUGCAACCAGGAAAUGCCAUUGGGUGCUACUUCAUAGCCAAGCAAGAGCUUUUCAUCAUUCAGUAAUAGGUCCGCUCAGUAUUUAUGUAAUGUACCACCUCUAAGGUGAGCUCACUCGAAGCUUUGCCAUUAGCCCUUUGUGCUGCUGCUGUUGUACAUGUAAUCUAGCUUGAAGUAAGAGAUCAAUCAGGUUCUUCAUGUACCCGCUGAUCUUGAUGAGAACCCAAGGAAAUUUCCUUAAAUGUUUACUAAUGAAACUUGCUACAGAUAACCAUUUUCAAUUGAAGUACAAUUCUAGUCUACAUCAAAAUUG